UUGGAAUGCUCCGCUCUAUCAUAAAGUGCUCGAGAUCAUUACACAACUCAACCCCACUAGUAGAAGGGGCUCUUCAGCUUUAUAAGUUGUACUUGGCACACCGAAAUGCAGCUUCAGAUAAAAACACAGAGGCAUGCCAGGCCAUUGAAGAUGAAUUUUUAAAGGAAGUGGAAACACUUCGGCCAUUUUUUACCAUGUCUGCCUCUCUAGAAGUGGCACAGCAGUAUUCUAAGCAGACAUACCGUUCUCUGAAGUAUUUCGGACUUCACGAUGAUCCACUUACCCGGCAACUGGAUCAGCUUUUAGGUCGCGAGGCCAUGCGAAAGACCGCGCGAGGAGCGCAAAGCAUAUUUAAAGGAGUGACGCCAAGCAAAUCGAUGUCGGGAAGCCAGAACUUGUCAAGGGUAUUGACCUCUUUAUAUGAACGGGCGGAGACGACUUUACCCAGCGAAUUACCGAAUCCCCCAAAGAUCGAUGAAACAAUCCCGCGCCGUCCAGGUGCGGUGCGGGUGCCACUCCGUCAUCGUGGGCACUGGGUGUUGCAGGAACCCGAAAUCGCUAUCACAAAGAACGAGCGCCGCGAGGAUCCCUGGUAGCCAUUAAAAUUGGCGUGAGAUGAUUGCCUUUGCAUCACUGUAUGUUUGACGAUAUCGCUCGCAUUUACA